CCCUACAUCAUGAAUAUUGGUUUUGAUACAUUGAUACCGUUAGAGCCCGGUGUGAACCGCCAAGUGUCAAGACCGUUGUGCAUUUUUCGCGUGGGAAGACGACGGCCUUAUAAAACUCCCACUCCCUUCCGUUGUCUCAGGAGCCUUCACCCUAUUACAUUCUCCAUUUCUCUUGCUCCCCUUUUUCUCCCAACCAACGCUAACAACUGAGAUUCAACCGGCAAAAAUGGCGGACCUCGAUGUCUCUCAGAAUGGACCUUCUCUCACUCUUACUCAUAAUCAAUCGGCUUUGAUCUUUUUAGGUACUGGCUGUUCCAGCGCUGUCCCCAAUGCAAUGUGCCUGAUUCAGCCCUCUGAUCCCCCCUGCCGCAUCUGUUCCCUGGCCCUCUCCCUUCCACCUGAGAAAAACCCUAAUUACAGGUGCAAUACAUCUCUUCUCAUUGACUAUUGCCAACCAGAUGGCAGCCAUCAUUAUAUUUUAAUUGAUGUAGGGAAAACAUUCAGGGAGCAAGUACUACGAUGGUUUACUCACCAUCGGAUUCCCAAAGUUGAUUCAAUUAUUUUGACCCAUGAACAUGCUGAUGCGAUUCUUGGGCUGGAUGAUAUACGUGCUGUGCAACCUUUUAACGCAGUAAAUGAUAUUGAUCCUACACCAAUUUACCUCAGUCAGCAUUCAAUGGAAAGCAUUUCAGUGAAGUUUCCUUACCUAGUCCAGAAGAAACUUAAAGAAGGCCAAGAAGUGAGACGUGUGGCACAGCUUGACUGGAAGAUAAUUGAGAAUCAUCACGAGAAACCAUUUGUUGCAUCAGGCUUGCGAUUUAUUCCUUUGCCCGUUAUGCAUGGAGAAGAUUAUAUAUGUUUGGGGUUUCUUUUUGGUGAAAAUUAUAGAGUAGCUUAUAUUUCUGACGUUUCACGAAUUCCUCCAAGUACAGAACAUGUUAUUUCAAUAAAUGGAGCUGGGCAAGUGGAUCUUCUUAUCUUGGACACGUUGUAUAAGAAUGGAUCCCAUAACACUCACUUUUGCUUCCCUCAGACCCUGGAUGCUGUGAAGAAGUUAAAUCCGAAACGAGCCAUGUUAAUUGGAAUGACACAUGAAUUUGAUCACCAUAAGGACAAUGAGUUCCUGCUUGACUGGUCCAAAAGGGAAGGAAUUCCAGUGCAGCUUGCUCACGAUGGUUUAAGAAUUCCUGUAGACCUAUAAGCAGGUCCUGUACAAACCAUGAGUCAAUACCUGAUCGAUAUAAGAUUACAUCCCACGUGUUUUGGGAGGAUACAAUACAUUCUUUUUGAAACCUAACCGCAAACUUGACGGCUAUACUUUAGGGGUAAAGAAACUUUUAUACAAUUUGUUAUUGAGAGUGAUGAAAUCAGAAUGUAAAGGCGAUUAAGAAGGUUAUUAUUUUUGGUUCAAUACCUCACUGGUCGUAUCAUUUUGUGCUUUAUCAGCAAUCCAGCAUCAGAUGAUUUUUAUGCACCUUCUUUUUUUAGAAGUUAUGUGAAGUGGAAAGCGAGGAGUUCGUUGUGGAGUUAGGAUUGUAAACGUUCAUUAAAGUCAGUUUCUUGGAAACCAUGUACAAAUUUUAGUGCCAGUGUAUUUGGAUAAAGUCAGUUUCUUCCAUGCUUUGAUUGUUCUCUGUUUAAGAAAUUGGCAUCGUUGAGUUUUGAAUCCAAAGAGACAGGAAACAAGGCCAACAUUACUACCGUGAGAAAUUCUUUUCUUUUC